UGUGGCCAGCUGCUGGCUGCAACAAAUUAUUAUUUUUUGUUUUUACCACUUAAAGUGGGGUUUUUAACAGGGAAACCAAGAGGAUCUCGGCCUGGGAGAGUUCCAAGUGAGUGCUGUGAGCCAGGAGCGAGUGGAGCCUCGCGAGGAGUGUGCAUCGGUAAAGGCAGCCCCUAUUUUAGGGGCCGGAACAUGACAGCGAACCGAUUGGUUGCCAGGCAACGAAAAAAGGCCCAAACACAAGUUACGUUACGUUUCCUUACACUUCCUUCCGGUCCUGUUACUGCGCCGUAAUAUCCAAUUGGAAAACCCAACCAUUGACAUCAGGAAAAUAGGAAUACCUCUCCCAUCCCAGGAACUCCAGCAGCGAAAACAAACCAAAGAAGAGGCUCUGCUUUCGAAUCCGGAAAAUGCGCCACUAACCGGGGGAUACCCAGGAGCCGAGCUCCUUCACUCGAUAUGCUACCGGAAGUAGAGUCCCUAGACCAAAAGAAAUCCUAAUCACCGUUGUUGCCUUAUCUCUUCGAAAGAGAGACUAAAACUUAGGGAGAAGGGACGAGCUUACUAGUCAUCGAAUUUAGAGCACCGAAGGUGCCGAACAACCUGAACGGGAUUUCCUCCUCCGCGCACCCAACCACACCACAAACCAAUGACCACACGCCUGGCCCCGCAGCGCCAAUUCAUCAUCUCGACGCGCUCCGCCAUCGUGGAUGCCACCUCUCCGCCGGAGGACCCUGCCGAGGAGCAGCUGACUGUCGAGGUGGAGAGCGUAUCCGCCGCGAACACCUCCGACUCGCCGCCGCCCACCGAGGAGUUUGAGUUUUGCACCGAGGAUGGAGUCGUUGUCUCGGCCACCCUGGAGGAUGUUAUGACGCAGAACUGCCAGCUCCUGCAGAAGAAACUAGGGGACGACGACGACACGGGAGUGGGAACGGGCCACGACAGCGAGCAGCUGGAGGUGAUCCGCGUGGUGCUGCCCAUGGAUGCCGGCGACUCCAGCAGCGAGGCCCACCUCCACGGGCAUGUGGUGAACAGCAGCAGCGACGCCAUCGGAACGAUAACCACCACGGAGCCCAACGGCACCACGGUGACCCACUCGAUUCCCAUCCACAGCAUGGCUGACCUGAGUGCCUUGAAGGACGGCGUCGAUCUGGCCCAGCAGGUGGCCAAUGGCCAGGUGACCGUGGUGCAGGCCACCGAGGACGACGAUGGAACGCCCUUCAUCACAGUGACUGUUUCCGGUCAGGAACAGAACUACCAAGUGCAAUAUGUGGACUCUGAGCUGUACCACAGCAACUCUAGUCAGACGCAAAUGACCUAUCCGUUCUGCCCGGUGGGCGAUUACCAGGGCAACGGGCAGACGGCCUACUACUCGACCACGGGCCAGUAUGGGACAGGCUCCUCGGCCGGGGGCGGAGGCGGCUCCUCGAACGGGGCCCACUCCACCACGCUGCCGUACCUUGUUCCCGUGGAGGAGAGCCUGCUGCUGAACAGCACCGCCCAUUCGCUGACCCAGGCACAGUCGCAGCAGGGCCAGUCGCAGGGGCAGGUCACAGGACGCGGCGACUCGCCGCACAGCCUGACGGUGAGUAGGAGUCGGGAGUGGGAGGAUGCGGUAAUCACUAAUCGGAGCCACUGGGUGCAGGAGGUCGCGUACAUCCAGGAGGCGCAGAGCACGCCCCAGACGCCCACCUCUACCACGACCACGCACUCGGCCAGCGGCGGCAGCCUGGGCACCGGAGGCGGGGGCAACUCCCCGGCAGACUCGGAGCAGAGUGCGCUCGGCAGCAGCAACAAGAUUGCCUCGGCAACGAUCAAGUGGCUGUCACGCAACUACGAGACGGCCGACGGGGUGAGCCUGCCCAGGAGCACGCUGUACAACCACUACAUGCAGCACUGCAGCGAGCAGAAGCUGGAGCCGGUGAAUGCUGCCAGCUUCGGCAAGCUGAUACGCUCGGUGUUCUCCGGCCUGCGCACACGUCGCCUGGGGACGCGCGGCAACUCCAAGUACCACUACUAUGGCAUCCGCAUCAAGCCUGGCUCCCUGCUGAAUCACCAGACGAUGGACGACAAGGCUAUGCUAGGCUCGGGCUACGGGCCGUCCUCCGGCGGAUCUGGCUCCGGUUCCGGCGGCGGCACUUUGGCCAGCGUGAGUAGCAGCACCGCCGGACAAAUGGGACCCAAUGGCCUGGGCGGCGGUCCGGGACACCGACACAGUGGCGUCAAGAAGCACACAUUUAAGCCGGAGGCCUACGAGGCCUGCAUUCAGUAUAUCGGCGAUGGGAGCAGUGCCCUGCCCUCGUUUCCGGCCAUUGAACUGAACCACAGCUUCAACAGUGAGCUGACCCUGGAGGACGUGGACACAUUCCGUGCACUGUACCGGGAGCACUGCGAGUCCUUCCUGGACGCCGUGCUCAAUCUGGAGUUCAACACCGUGGAGUUCCUGCUGCGCGACUUCUGGCGGGCCAGCGACAACAACAACCUGGACGAGUGCGAGGAGGAGAAGUACUUGAGCAAGUCCAAGCUCUACCUGCUCUGCCACUGCGCAGAAGUGCAGAAGUUUGUGCGCGAGGUGGACUAUCAGUUCUAUCAGAACACUGUCGACGUCAUCAUUCCGGACGUGCUGCGCUCCAUUCCCAACGCCCUGACCCAGGCCAUCCGCAACUUCGCAAAGAACCUAGAGAUCUGGCUGUGCGAGAGCUUGAUGGGUGUGCCGGAGCAACUGGUCCAGAUCAAGACCAGUGCCGUCUCGGCCUUCUGCCAAACCCUGAGGCGCUACACUUCGCUGAACCACCUGGCGCAGGCCGCCCGCGCCGUCCUCCAGAACGGAGCCCAAAUCUCUCAAAUGCUCAACGAUCUGAACCGCGUGGAUUUCCAUAAUGUGCAGGAGCAAGCCGCUUGGGUGAGUCAGUGUGCUCCGGAUGUGGUCCAGCGCCUGGAGAAUGACUUCAAAGCCGCCCUGCAGCAGCAGAGCUCUCUGGAGCAGUGGGCCAGCUGGUUGCAGUGUGUGGUGGAGUCCGCCAUGGAGGAGUAUACUGGGAAGCCGAGCUACGCCCGAGCUGCCCGGCAGUUCCUGCUCAAGUGGAGCUUCUAUAGCUCCAUGAUCAUCCGGGACCUGACUCUGCGCUCCGCCUCCAGCUUCGGCAGCUUCCACCUGAUCCGCCUGCUCUUCGACGAGUACAUGUUCUACCUGGUGGAGCACAAAAUAGCCGAGGCACAGCACAAGACAGCAAUCGCAGUAAUAUGCGAAAGAAUGAAAAAAGACAUGGACUUUGAGUUCGAGUGCCAGUUCGCGUACAUCACCAGCGACACGGAGCAGCAGACUACGCCCAGUUCGGCCAGCAGCGUGGGCAACGAUGUGGUGGGCAACGAGGCCAAGCGGCUGAAGCAGGAAUGAGGCGUCGCGAGGCCUUGGAAGGGAGUGCUCUUAGUGUUAGCCAGUAAUCAGUAACCAAUCACCAGUCAGUCAGUCAGUCAGUCACAGACCUUCAGAUCUGCAUUUAGUAGUCGAACCGUGUUGUAUAAUCGUAACCGUAUUCGUACCCUAUCCAUGUGUGUUAGUUUAUAGCCCUAAGUUCCCAACACUCACAGCGUAGUCAGUCGAAAUUUUAGUGGUUAGUUCAAGGCAAGCUCCAGAGCUCGUUGGCGCUGAAAGCACUCUUGGUGGAACUGUGCAUUUCUGUCGAGG